AUUUUCCCAGAAUCCCCUUAUUCGUGUGUGAAAAUCUCGUUCGACACACCGUCGCUGUGCAAGUUUGUGAAGCUUUUUCCUUCGAAACCCCACCAACACCAACACCAAUACCAGUAUGACCGGUCGCGGCAAGGGAGGCAAGGGACUGGGAAAGGGAGGAGCCAAGCGUCAUCGCAAGGUGCUGCGCGAUAACAUCCAGGGCAUCACCAAGCCCGCCAUCCGCCGUCUGGCUCGCCGUGGCGGCGUGAAGCGUAUCUCCGGCCUGAUCUACGAAGAGACGCGCGGUGUGCUGAAGGUGUUCCUGGAGAACGUGAUCCGCGAUGCGGUCACCUACACCGAGCACGCCAAGCGCAAGACGGUCACGGCGAUGGAUGUGGUGUACGCUCUGAAGCGCCAGGGCCGUACGCUCUACGGAUUCGGAGGUUAAGAAGUUUGCUGUGUGCUAUUGCGCGUCCGCGUGUGUGUGCAUGUGCCCAGUCGCGGGACCGUGUGCGCCGCACGCGCCGUCGCCAUCACCCCUCGCUCAUCUCGAAACCACCACGGAUCAUCGGCAUACAAGAAAAACGGCCCUUUUCAGGGCCACUGAUUGAAUUGCAGUAAAAAGAACUUCUCUAUCGUUCA